CGAGCCAGCGCGGUGCGCUCGGUCGAGCUCUGCCUCUGCUCGCCAGUCGCUUUCCGUCGCCGCCGCCGUGCCGACCUGCCGCGCGCGCCGCUCCGCCACUCAGUGACGUCACACGACCCGAGGAGCGCCGCCGACCCGCCGCUGUGCGCCACGAGUGGACCCAGCCAGAGGAUAGCGAGCAGUGCCUGUGCGCGCGAGUGGGCCGGACCGAUGCGCGUCAUACACAACAACCUUCAGGCGGGCGAGCACCAGCAGCCGUCCGUCAUGGACAAGCUGCGCAACAACUUCAACCAGCUGUGCCCGCUGCUGCGCGCGCGCUACCGCAAACUGCUGGACGACUACACCUCGUCCAAGGAGAACAUCCCGCUGCUGAUCCAGUCGCCCGAGUAUGUCUCCUACUCGUGCUCCUGCUGCGGCCGAACGCAAAAACUUCAGGCCGAGGAGCUGAACACCAUCGUGGGCAAUGCCUUUCGGAUGGCGUACGCGGCCCGUCUCCAACGGUCGUGCCUUCGCUCAGCGGGCGGUGCCGCUGACCAAACCGCCUGGGACCUGGACGGCAGGAACAACCACGACAAGACCAACAACCGAACCUGGGGCCGUCGCUCGAAGCAGCACCGAGAGCCGAGCCGACGAGACCUCGCCCGCGGAAAGAACGUCAACCUGACCUCUCUGACGGCUUCCCCGGUGGAGGUACCCGAGAGUGCGCCUCUGCCGCCGCCGCCGGCCGCCUCCCGGCUAUCGGCCGAGCCGCGCUGUCCCCUACUGACGGGAUAUGUCAACGAGACGGUGUCGACUACUGACUCGGAGUCCCGCUCUAGUGAGAGCGAGGGCCGGCCGCUGUCCGCCGGCGCCCGAUCCGUCUCCGCCAGCAGCCAGAGUCUACGAGAGGACUCGAAGAGCUGCCACUGGUCGAGUGCCUCCAGCUCUGUCUCCGCGCCCGCCGCGGACGGCACGAGCGGGGCCUCGUCAUCGCCGGCGCCUCCGCCGCCCUACUACCAGCAGGGCCCCAGCCGGGAGGCGGUCGAACUGCGCACCGCCGCCUGGUUCCAGGCGGGCAUCCCCAGGGAAAUCGCCCUCGAGGUGCUCUCGCAGGAGCCGGUGGGCGCGUUCAUGGUACGAGAAUCGACCACCAAACACGGCUGCUACGCCCUGUCCCUGCGAGUCCCACGCGACUUCCAGGUUUCAGGCAUAGCGCACUACCUGAUCCUGAAGACCGCAAAAGGAUACAAAAUCAAGGGUUUCAUGAAGGAGUUCACCUCCCUGACGGCGCUGAUCACGCACCACUCGGUGAUGCCCGAGCUGCUGCCGUGCACGCUCUCCCUCAGCCGCUACAACCCCAACUUUGCGCGCUCCGAGUCGGCCCAGGACCUUGUCGAGCUCACCGAUACCGACUCCGAGUACAACGGACUGAGCGAGCUCUCCCGUGCCACCGCCGACACCAGUGUGUGAUGCCGCCGCCAGAGGCGCCAGCGUCUGCGCAAGUGGGCGCAGGUGGCGCCACCAGCGCCGGGCUGUGGCCGAGCCGGCGGCUGGGCAGCGGGCUCUCGAGCUGCUCCGACAGGCUCGAAGCCUGCGCCUGUGAUACUAACGCUAGUUGACAGUUGCCGAACUCGUGUAGAUAAGCGGAAAUGUGUUUAUUAUUUAUUGGAAGUGUGGAGGCGGCCGCACUGCCGUACUUUGAUGACAACUGACGAGGGAGGAAAUCGCACAGUCAGCGAGAAUAUUGUCCUGUGCGGUCCACGCGUAAUUGUGAUGUGGCUCCUGAAUAAACGUGACGUAAUUAA